CAGACGGGGGAAGGACGCGCGCAGCUCCUACCGGGCGCGAGUGGGUGCGACUGGCGUCCUCCGGCCGCGCAGGGCGGGGGACGAGGCUUCGGACCCGGAGGCAGAGCAGCCGGAGGGGAAGGAGGAGCGGCGGCUGGCGCGCCGACCCGCGGGCAGGCGGGUGCGCAGCCCGAAGAGGCGGCCUCCGUGCUGCCCGGCCCGGCGGCAGCUCAGGAAGCUCUGGAUCUCGUCUGCGUCCCACGGGCUGGCGAUGCCCAGGGAAUAGCCCCCAAGAGCCUGCGUGGCCUCUAGACACACCCACCAGAUCCUUCCCCUCACAGUCCGCCCGACCUGUUGCUUAGGGACGCGUCCCACCGCUUCUCCUGACGUCUGCCCGGUCAGCCAUCACUCCCUCAGAGAACAAGGAGGGAGGCAGGCGCGCGAAAUCAUGCCACCGACCGCCGAGCAGCAAUGAGUGGGUGAUACCGAGUUGACGUCAAAGUCAGACAAGCCCAAGAGACUCUCCGCAGCCCCGGCUCCUCCCUCCUCCGCACAGCCUGAGCGGGGCUCCUCCUGGCGAAGCCACCUCGGCCCGACCCAGUCUGUGGUCUUCCGACCCUCGGACCCUGGACACCAUGGAGAAUCACAUGUUCAGUGUCCAGCAAAUCCAACCCAACGUGAUUUCUGUCCGCCUCUUCAAGCGCAGAGUGGGGGGCUUGGGGUUCCUGGUGAAGGAGCGGGUGAGCAAGCCCCCCGUGAUCGUCUCCGACCUGAUUCGAGGGGGUGCCGCCGAGCAGAGCGGCCUCAUCCAGGCCGGAGACAUCAUCCUCGCGGUCAACGGCCAGCCGUUGGUGGACAUGAGCUACGCCAGCGCCCUGGAGGUGCUCAGGGGCAUCGCCUCCGAGACCCACGUGGUCCUCAUUCUGAGGGGCCCGGAGGGCUUCACCACGCACCUGGAGACCACCUUUACUGGGGACGGGACCCCCAAGACCAUCCGGGUGACACGGCCCCUGGGCCCCCCCACCACGGCUGUCGAUCUGUCACACCAGUCGUCAGCCUGCAAAGAGCAGCCGCUGGCGGUGGACGGGGCCACGGGCCCCAGCAACGGGCCCCAGCACGCCCAGGACAACGGGCCAGAAGCUGGCUCGCUGUCCCACACCAACGGCCUGGACCCUGCCAAGAAAAAUGCCGGGGCCGCCCGUCAGUGCAGUGAGGAGCACAAUGAGUUGCUCAAAGAGAUCAAGCCUGUGCUGAACCUUCUCACCUCGGCUGACAGAGGGAUCAACGGAGGGGGACCUGCCAAGGCGGAGACAAAAGAUGCAGAAGUUCAGGUGGACAGAGACCUGGAUGCCAAGUCACACAGACCUCUGCCCCUCGGCGUGGAGAAUGACCGUGUCUUCAAUGACCUGUGGGGGAAGGGCAACGUGCCUGUGGUCCUCAACAACCCGUAUUCAGAGAAGGAGCAGGCCCCUGCCUCGGGAAGACAGUCCCCCCCAAAGAACGGCAGCCCCUCCAAGUGCCCCCGCUUCCUCAAGGUCAAGAACUGGGAGACCGACGUGGUUCUCACGGACACCCUCCACCUUAAGAGCACGUUGGAAACGGGAUGCAGCGAGCGCAUCUGUAUGGGCUCCGUCAUGCAGCCUUCUCAGCAGAUACGGAGGCCUGAAGACGUCCGCACUAAAGAGCAGCUCUUCCCUCUCGCCAAGGAGUUCAUUGAUCAGUACUACUCGUCCAUUAAAAGAUUUGGCUCCAAAGCCCACAUGGAGAGGCUGGACGAGGUGAACAAGGAGAUUGAAACCACCAGCACCUACCAGCUCAAAGACACAGAGCUCAUCUAUGGGGCCAAGCACGCCUGGAGGAAUGCCUCCCGCUGCGUCGGCAGGAUCCAGUGGUCCAAGCUGCAGGUGUUUGAUGCCCGCGACUGCACCACGGCUCAUGGGAUGUUCAACUACAUUUGCAACCACAUCAAGUACGCCACCAACAAAGGGAACCUCAGGUCCGCCAUCACCAUAUUUCCCCAGAGGAUCGACAGCAAGCACGAUUUCCGAGUCUGGAACUCCCAGCUUAUCCGCUAUGCUGGCUACAAGCAGCCUGAUGGCUCCAUCCUGGGGGACCCAGCCAAUGUGGAGUUUACAGAGAUCUGCAUCCUGCAGGGCUGGAAGCCCCCGAGAGGCCGCUUCGACGUCCUGCCACUCCUGCUCCAGGCCAACGGCAAUGACCCCGAGCUCUUCCAGAUCCCCCCAGAGCUGGUGCUGGAAGUGCCCAUCAGGCACCCCAAGUUUGAGUGGUUCAAGGACCUGGGGCUGAAGUGGUACGGCCUCCCCGCUGUGUCCAACAUGCUGCUGGAGAUUGGCGGCCUGGAGUUCAGCGCCUGUCCCUUCAGCGGCUGGUACAUGGGCACGGAGAUCGGCGUCCGCGACUACUGUGACAACUCUCGGUACAACAUCCUGGAGGAAGUGGCCAAGAAGAUGAACUUGGACACGAGAAAGACAUCCUCCCUGUGGAAGGACCAGGCGCUGGUGGAGAUCAACAUUGCAGUUCUCUACAGCUUCCAGAGUGACAAAGUGACCAUCGUCGACCACCACUCGGCCACCGAGUCCUUCAUUAAGCACAUGGAGAAUGAAUACCGCUGCCGGGGGGGCUGCCCGGCAGACUGGGUGUGGAUCGUGCCCCCCAUGUCUGGCAGCAUCACCCCUGUCUUCCACCAGGAGAUGCUCAACUACCGGCUCACCCCCUCCUUCGAAUACCAGCCGGACCCUUGGAACACCCACCUCUGGAAAGGCACCAACGGGACCCCCACCAAGCGGCGAGCCAUCGGCUUCAAGAAGCUGGCAGAAGCCGUCAAGUUCUCGGCCAAGCUGAUGGGGCAGGCAAUGGCCAAGAGGGUCAAGGCGACCAUCCUGUAUGGCACAGAGACGGGGAAAUCGCAGGCCUAUGCCAAAACACUGUGUGAGAUCUUCAAGCACGCCUUCGAUGCCAAGGUGAUAUCCAUGGAAGACUAUGACAUUGUGCACCUGGAACAUGAAACGCUGGUCCUGGUGGUCACCAGCACCUUUGGCAAUGGAGACCCCCCUGAAAAUGGGGAGAAAUUCGGCUGUGCUUUGAUGGAAAUGAGGCACCCCAACUCUGUGCAGGAGGAAAGGAAGUACCCGGAACCCUUGCGUUUCUUUUCCCGUAAAGGGCCUCCCCUCCCCCGAGGUGACACAGAAGUCCAUGGUCUGGCUGCAGCCCGUGACAGCCAGCACAGGAGCUACAAGGUCAGGUUCAAUAGUGUUUCCUCCUAUUCCGACUUCCACAAAUCAUCAGGCAAUGGGCCGAACCACAGAGACAACUUUGAGAGCACCGGCCCCCUGGCAAAUGUGAGGUUCUCAGUGUUUGGCCUUGGCUCGAGGGCGUACCCGCACUUCUGCGCCUUUGGCCACGCUGUGGACACCCUCCUGGAAGAGCUGGGAGGAGAGAGGAUCCUGAAGAUGAAGGAAGGGGAUGAGCUCUGUGGGCAGGAGGAGGCGUUCAGGACCUGGGCCAAGAAGGUCUUCAAGACAGCCUGUGACGUGUUCUGCGUGGGAGAUGAUGUCAACAUUGAGAAGGCGAACAACUCCCUCAUCAGCAAUGACCGCAGCUGGAAGAGGAACAAGUUCCGCCUCACCUAUGUGGCCGAAGCUCCAGAGCUCACACAAGGUCUAUCCAACGUGCACAAGAAGCGGGUCUCAGCCGCUCGUCUUCUCAGCCGUCAGAACCUUCAGAGCCCUAAAUCCAGCCGGUCAACCAUCUUCGUGCGUCUCCACACCAAUGGGCAUCAGGAGCUGCAGUACCAGCCUGGGGACCACCUGGGCGUCUUCCCUGGCAACCAGGAGGACCUGGUGAAUGCCCUGAUCGAGCGGCUGGAGGACGCGCCCCCUAUCAACCAGCUGGUGAAAGUGGAGCUGCUGGAAGAGCGGAGCACGGCUCUGGGAGUCAUCCGCAACUGGACGGAUGAGCGCCGCCUCCCGCCCUGCACCAUCUUCCAGGCCUUCAAGUACUACCUGGACAUCACCACGCCGCCCACGCCCCUGCAGCUGCAGCAGUUCGCCUCCCUGGCCACCAGCGAGAAAGAGAAGCAGCAGCUGCUGGUCCUCAGCAAGGGCUUGCAGGAGUAUGAGGAAUGGAAAUGGAGCAAGAACCCCACCAUCGUGGAGGUGCUGGAGGAGUUCCAGUCCAUCCAGAUGCCCGCCACCCUGCUCCUGACCCAGCUGUCCCUCCUGCAGCCUCGUUACUACUCCAUCAGCUCCUCCCCGGACAUGUACCCCGAGGAGGUGCACCUCACCGUGGCCAUCGUCUCCUACCGCACUGGAGAUGGAGAAGGACCAGUUCACCAUGGCGUGUGCUCCUCCUGGCUCAACCAGAUACAGUCCGACGAAGUGGUCCCCUGUUUCGUGAGAGGAGCGCCGGGCUUCCACCUGCCCCAAAACCCCCAAGUGCCCUGCAUCCUGAUCGGCCCGGGCACCGGCAUCGCCCCUUUCCGAAGCUUCUGGCAGCAGCGGCAGUUUGAUAUCCAACACAAAGGAAUGAGUCCCUGCCCCAUGAUCCUGGUCUUCGGGUGCCGGCAGUCCAAGGUGGACCACAUCUACAGGGAGGAGACCCUGCAGGCCCGGAACGCGGGGGUCUUCAGAGAACUGUACACGGCCUACUCCCGGGAGCCCGACAGACCAAAGAAGUACGUGCAGGACAUCCUGCAGGAGAAGCUGGCGGAACCCCUGUACCAGGCCCUGAAGGAGCAGGGGGGCCACAUCUAUGUGUGCGGGGACGUCACCAUGGCCGCCGACGUCCUCAAGGCCAUCCAGCGCAUCAUGGCGCAGCAGGGGAAGCUCUCGGUGGAGGACGCGGGCGUGUUCAUCAGCCGGCUGAGGGAUGACAACCGCUACCAUGAGGACAUCUUCGGGGUCACGCUGCGAACGUAUGAAGUGACCAACCGCCUUAGGUCCGAAUCCUCGAUCGCCUUCAUUGAGGAGAGCAAAAAGGACACCGACGAGGUCUUUAGCUCCUAACCGGAUGCUCUUGCCCCGACGGACGGCAGGGGUCCGCCCAUGCGCUGCGGCAGGGGUGGUGGCAGGCUCCCUAAGCGUGGACACCAAUGAACCUUUCCCACGGGACCCGUGCGGCCCCGCUCUGCCUCGUCCUGUCGCCGCCUGUCCUGGCUUUCCUCUCCCGGGUCCUCGCCUCUCCGUGCGUCCUUGGCCUCCUGGGGUUUCCUCCUGAGUCUUCCUGCUGCGAUGCGAUGCCUUUAUGCUCCUCAGCGGUUCUGACAGCACUGCCCCCUCUCCUGACAAGGACGAGUCCACGCUCGUGGAGGCCCUGGGACGUGGGGUGCUCGCAGCGGGCUUGUUUUCGGGGGUUCCCCUGGGAGAGGCACAGGGAUCACACGGAAGAGUCUUCUGAGCCAGUCUCCCAGCGCCGAAGCCCCACCUUAUUACCUUGUACAGGAUGAUGUCUGGUCGUGCGUGUGAUGGGCAUGGGUCUCCGUCAGGCCUCUUGCCUAUGUGAGCGCGUUGCCUGCAGACCCCGGGGCCCAAGAACCACGGCCCAGCCUGCGUUGGCUGCUCACGCGUCCUGCACUGAGGGACUGCGCCCAGGUCCCUGUAACACUUGGGAGCACCCUAAUGGUCCCGGAAAUAAAGGGUCUGGGCACGGAGAGGACAUGUGAGGAUUUAGGGGGAAAUCUCCAAGGAAAGGGGAGUCAGAGAACGAGAUGCAUUUAGGUUCUUGCACCAGGCAGGAGCCCUGGCUGGGAAACCCACCCAUCUAUUGGAAUGGGCAACCCUCCCCCAGCCCGCCCACUCGAGACCCUCCCAGAGCAACCCCACCCACGAGGCCAGAAGUGAUGCUGUCCAAAGGAACGGCUGCAAAUAGGAAUCUUCUCAUCUCGGCCACCCCUGACUUUGGACAAGUCUCUGGUCCUUGGGUUCCCCUCGUCGUAAUGUUAUAAAGCUAAGAAGUAUGAACGGAUGCAACUUUGAAGUUGUGAAGACUGGAAACAAUAUUAAGGAACAGUGUCAUCGUUUUUCGUUUAUUCCCCCAAAUAGGGCUGCUGCUGCACCCUCGGCGGGAAAAUCCCGGAAGCCAGUCGGGUCGGAUCAGAUUGGGCAGAGCUUCCUCUGCAGGCCCACAGCCCAGGGUGGGAAGGGCCUGGCCUCCAAGCUGUAGGCCUUCUACAAGGCAUCCCCCACGUGUUUAACCUGCUAAAAUAACGGCGACAAAUAAAUUGUCCUGACAGAUUUCUCUUUAAAUGGGCAGCAGAGACGUUAGCAGGAAUCAGAGCUGGAACAAGUUCUCCCUGGCAGGCAAGCCGCGGCGUUGACCCUCUCACAGUCAACGGCAUGGGAGGCAGGGAAGCGCUACAGAUCAACGCAGGCAGCACCCACCAGAGAGCCGGAAAGUCCCAGUGCUCACCCCCCAGGGCCUGGCUCCGGGCCUGCUCUGGGCUGGGCCCCCAGGGACGGGAGGGAAGCAUUCGGCCAGGCCCAUCCUUCUGUUGGGUUUGGUCACAGAAAGACAGCCCAAUGGGCAUUUCUUUCUCGAUGCUCCGUGUGUGUUGGGGGAGGGUGGGGGUACCAAAGAGAAAGUGCCCUGGCCUCUUUGGAAAGGCCUUAGGAUGGGGGUGCCAAAGAGGUGUUGGGGAGGACACCCUCCAAGACUCUAUAAGUCAAAGGGCAAAUUAUAUCUCGUCUUUGUCCACCCUCCCUGGGAGCUCCCCCUGGUGCCCCGUCCCCUGGGACAGAGCUGUGACCUCCCCGCCUUCCCUGAGUCCUGUUUGCUCCUGCUCAGACUGCCCAGGGCAUAGAGACCAAACGCUCAGCAUGCUCCCCGACCCUCUCGAACCUGGAGGGGAGCCCCUCGUAAAGCCCGGCUCUCCUGCAAACAUGAUCCUGUCUCCUAGCAGCUUUCUUUCCAACCCCUUGAGCUUUUUGGAGGCACCGCCUGCGAUGUCACUAGCCCCCCGGGGAAUGUGUCCAACCUCCGUCACAUCAAGCUUUAUGCACGAAUGCUUUUCCGUCGCCGAAUAAAGACCUGUGAGCCCUCUG